UUAUGGUUUCUACUAGUGGACAAAUUGAUUGCACAGAAGUGCAAAAGCCGACAGGGCCUCAACCUCCAACAAGUUCACAGUUGAACAAAGAAGUCGAUGAAGGUGAAAUUAGUGACGAGGUAUUUAGUGGUGAUGUUGAUACACAAAACGCUUCACCUUCCAAAAAUCAACAAAAAGAAACAUUGAAUAGUGAAUUGGAUGCUGUAACUCUCAGUAAUUUGGUGCGAGCUCCACCACCUGCUGUUUCUCGUUCUGUAAUUGUCCAGGCUUUAUAUUUACUUAUUGAACAUCACAAUAAUAAAGAGAAGCAAACAGAUUUGGAUGAAUAUACGAUUACUUGCCGUUUGCGAAGCAGAAACUCGGCAACUCAGGGAAAAGAGGGUGCUAUUGUUCGUCAUAAAGAUGGUCCGUUUAACCAAACCAAUCAUAUUUUUGUUGCUUCACGCCUUCGAGAUCUUGAGAAACUUGGCCGUGCAAAACUUGUCUCUUCAAAUGCAAGAUAUGAAGAAAUUAAACAGCCGGCACCUAUGAAUUUAUUUACACUUAUUCGAAUUGCUAGCGUUUAAAUUUUUCUC